UUAGCUCACAGUAUGAGGUCGAUGAUUGCAGACAGGGAGGGAGUCAUGCUAAUGAUUGAUGAUGAGUUUCUCAUAUACGUUUUCCUUGUUGGAGCCCGCCAAGUUAAAAAGAAGUGAGUAAACACACUCUGAAGAAGUCAUUUGCAUAUUUUGAUGGAUUAAGUUGAGGACUGAAGUUUUGGAUGCUCUGACAUUACUGGAUCCUUUAUUAUAGUCUUCAUGAUGAGAUCAGUCUGCUCUCCUAGACAUUGACUUGAGCUUCCCCAGGUCCGAUGUGCCCAUGAAGCCCUUGUUUCAGUGCAGGCUUCAGAAGCUGAGGCUAUAAAGGGACAAGAGGACUAAUCUGCAGCCUUAGUCUUGGUCCUGGACUUCUCUUUAGUCCUUUAACAGUCCUCCCUGUUCCCUGCCAUAUCCCCUCACCACUCCACUGCACCACAGCCCCGGCCUCACCUGUGGCCAACAUGGGCUGGUUCCUCCUCCCAUUUGAUAACCUGCUGUGUAUAGUCCUUGGCAUAUCCUUCACUGUGGGAUUCAGCUCGCUGCUAGUCAUAGUCCUGCCGGCCGUCCUUGGAGUGUCCAUUGGGAUCCGCAGACUGUACAUGAAGAGUCUUCUCAAGGUCUUUGAGUGGGCUACUGUGCGGAUGGAGAGAGGCGCAAAGGAGAAGAAUCAACAUCUUUAUAAACCCUAUAGUAAUGGUAUCAUAGCUAAAGAAAUGUCAUCUCUGGAGCAGGAGAUCCAGGAGCUCCGUGCCAGCAGCACCACUCUGAGCUCUGAGCCUGAGUUUGAGAUGGCGGACAUCAUGUAUUUCUGCCGGCGUGGGGUGGAGAGCAUCGUGGAUGACGAGGUGACCAAGCGCUUUUCUGCUCAGGAGCUGGAGUCCUGGAACCUGCUGACCCGCAGCAACUUCAACUCCCGCCACAUCAGCCUGCGACUCAGCGUGCUCUGGGGACUGGGUCUCUUCAUCCGCUAUGGCUUCUUGCUGCCACUCAGGGUUACUCUGGCAGCCUCUGGUAUUGGUCUGCUUGUGGUCUUGACUACCAUAGUGGGCUUCAUACCAAGCGGCUGGUUAAGGACGUUCCUCAGUGAGAAGAUUCAUCUGAUGUCUUAUCGCAUCUGUGUCCGAUCCCUCACUGCCAUCAUCACCUAUCACAACAGUGAGAACAAACCAAAGAAUGGAGGCAUCUGUGUGGCGAAUCACACAACCCCCAUUGACGUCAUCAUCCUGGCCAAUGAUGGCUGCUAUUCUAUGGUUGGCCAGAUCCAUGGUGGUUUGAUCGGGGUAGUCCAGAGAGCCAUGGUGAAAUCCAGUCCCCACAUCUGGUUUGAGAGAUCUGAAGUCAAAGACCGUCACCUUGUGGCCGAAAGGCUUAGCAAUCAUGUAGCAGACAAAACUAAACACCCCAUCCUCAUCUUCCCAGAGGGCACAUGCAUCAACAAUACCUCAGUGAUGAUGUUCAAAAAGGGCAGCUUUGAGAUAGGCUGUACUGUCUACCCUGUGGCCAUUAAGUAUGACCCUAGGUUUGGCGACGCGUUCUGGAACAGCAGUAAGUUUGGGAUGGUCAACUACCUGCUGAGGAUGAUGAGCAGUUGGGCCAUCGUCUGCAGUGUCUGGUACCUUCCACCUAUGAGCAGAGAGGAGGGAGAGGAUGCGGUGCAGUUUGCAAACAGAGUAAAAGCAGCCAUCGCCACGCAGGGAGGACUGGUGGACCUGCUGUGGGAUGGAGGCCUGAAACGAGGGAAGGUGAAAAAUACGUUCAAAGAGGAGCAGCAGAAGCUGUACAGCAAGGUGCUAGUUGGAGACCAGGAGGACCAAGGUGAAGACAGACCACAGGAAGAUGAAGAAGAAGAAUUAGAAGAGGGGGACCAAAAUGAAGACAGACCACUUGAAGAUUACACACCCAGACCACUGGAAGACUGCUCUCUGAGACUACAAGAAGAAGAGGAGAGAGGCUCAGAGACACCAAUGAAGGACCAAUGAGGGUGGGGGUUCCAUUCCUACCAGGUUAUUAAGUGUCAGCGGAGCCCCACUCACUGUCUUGGUGAGGCACUAGACCAGAGGAUUUAUUGGAUUGGAAGCCUUAAAGUAAUUUCAAUAACAAUGAACUACUCAGAGACCAUUUCAAUAGCAAUUAACUACUCAGAGACCAUGUAGUGCAACUGAAACAGUAUCAUUUUCUACAGGCUGUAAGCCACAUACUUUUGAGUUUGUGCUGCACUAUGCACAGUCAUUUUAUGAAUGUUAACUGUUUUAAUACUGUAUUUAAAUAUGUAUCUUUAAUAUUUUAUUUGUAUUUAUGCUAUUUUGACCAGUAUAUUUGGGUAAUUUUGGGUAGUGCAAUUAGGUCCCCCAAAACUUGAUUAAAACAAUGUAUCAUAAAGAGGACAUGUUAAACUUAAUAAAAUUAAUUUCAGCCUGUUUUGGCCUUCCAUGGUGACAUCACCAUACAGGUAAAUUAAUAGACCAACAAGAAAGAGGGUGUCAAAUCUCCUGCCAAUAACAGCACAUUUGUACUUUUUCCCUCCACACUCAGACUACUCCCAGACAAUCCUAGCAACAUUCUUGCUUGAGAAAUUGCCCUUUGCUAAAAAGCUAUUCUUGUUAGUUUUCAAUUAAAAUUUCAAUUAAACUUUUUACCCAGAAAUCAUUUGAUAUUGAGAUAAAAUGGCUGCAUUGAAACUUUUAAAGUAACAGGGUUGACUUAACAGGAUUGAAGUUUUCAUCUUAAAUUAGCCAUAACUUGUGUGCAAUAGGGAUGGGCAAUUGAAUGCAAGCUUCAUCACAAUUAUUUAUAUAUAUAUUUUUUUACAUUUCUACCCUCUCUAUCUAUGGGGAAACAUUCAGUUAUCCACCCACCACACAACACCAGAAAAUAACCAAAAAGCUUUUACAUUAUGAUUUGAUGUCAUAGUUUCUUUAGAGAAAAUAUUUUAUAAAAGGAAUAGUUUAAAUUAGAGUUCCAUUAAUGUAACAGGGUGGCCCCUUAAAUGAGGGACAAAUGUAAGUUAUUCACUUAUCGUGUGAAGUAAAUAAUAAUCUUCAGAAAUGACUAUAUUAAAGCAAUAAAAUAACUAGGGCUUUACAAUGAUGGAGAAAUGUUUGGGUUAAGUGGGAUAAAAUCCUCCUAGAAGUCUGGAAAACACGAGGGACAUGUCAAAAUGCAGAUUUUUGGCACUUUAGCAAGUCUUUAGUCAAAUAAAAAUCGGUUAACGUUAAAUAGCACUUUAAUAGAACAGGCUUUUCAGUAUUGGUGCACAAUUACAACUUCAAAUGUCAAAGGGAGGCAAAAGGCACUCAAUCCGUGGAACCAUCCAUUUAUGCAUAUUGUGAAAACAGGAGGAAAGGUUACAAAGCCACAGCAGACCAAAUAUGCAGUUAAUCGGUCAAUAUGUGUCACAGUCCUAGACAAUAGAGAACAUGACACGGAAGACUGUUACCAUGUUAUCUAAAUAAGCUUUGUUGUACAAUUAAUGGUAAAAUAUAUUGCAUUUCUAAAAGUUAACAAUAUUGUCAUGAAUUCAGUGUGUGUGAAAUUAGGCUAAAUAUAAGCCCCACUAAUAAUUGUAUCAAAAUACACUGAACAAGAAUAUAAAUGCAACACUUAAAGUGUUGGUCCUAUGUUUCAUGAGAUGAAAUAAAAGAUCACAGAAAAUGUCCUUGCACAAAAAGUGCACAAAAAGCUUAUUUCUCAAAAAUGUUGUGCACGCAUUUGUUUACAUCCCUGUUAG